AUGGCAGAAUUCUGUGAUUUGCAAAUCCAUGUUAAUUGUCAACAAACAUUCUUCACCAAUGAGAGAAUUUUGUCAAAAUUCUGUGGGAGGUUAAGAAAGAUUAUCAAACAAGAAAAGCGAAGAACUCAGAUUAGGAACUCGGGAAUUGAGAUUGAUGAUUUUCCGGGAGGAGCCGAUGGAUUUGAACAAGCUAUAAGAUUCUGUUACAACAAUGGAACUGUCGAAAUUACAGUAUCCAAUAUCUCUUUACUCCAUUGUUGUGCAAUUUUUCUUGGAAUGACUGAAAAUGUAUCUAAUUUCAAUCUGUUGCAUCAGACUGAGGUUUUUCUUCAAGGGAUUUUCUACUGGUCUUGGAGUGAUAUUAUCACUUGCCUCAAGAGCUGUGAAUCAUUCUUUUCUUAUGCUGAUUCAAGUGGCCUAAUCCAAAAGCUCUUAUGUUCACUUCAAGCCAAGAUUGCUCAGAAAACAGACGUCAAUCUCCUCAUUUUAUCCUCGUCUUCUUCUUCCUCUUCUCCAGAUAAGCGUUUCAACUCUGAUGAACUCAAAAUCAAGCGAAGUUCAUCAAGAAAAGAAUGGUGGUUUGAAGAUAUGACCGUUUUAAAUCCAAUAACUAUAGAGCACUUUGUGAAAGCUUUAGGAGCAUAUGGGAAUGAAAAUAAUAGUUUAGUCCUCACAAGGUUUUUGUUGCACUAUCUGAAAACCGCUGUCCGGUCCAAUAAUAAGGGUAUAAACACUAAAACAUCAGAAUACAGUGAACUUGCGAAUACGGCAGUUCAUGGGGUGAUUUUGAUGGGAAAGACUGCAUUUUCUUGCAGAGGGCUAUUUUGGGUGCUGAGAAUCGUAUCAGGUUUGGGGCUCAGCCGAGAAUGCCAGGCCGGCUUGGAGAGGUUGAUUGGUGGGAUGCUUGAUCAAGCAACCCUUGAUGAUUUGCUGAUUUUUGGAGGACACAAUGGGGGAGCUUAUGAUGUGAAUCUUGUGGUGAGAUUGAUCAGAUUGUUUGUACAUGAUGAUAGAGUUACCUUAGAGAAAAUGAAAAAAGUUGGUAGAUUAAUGGAUAAGUACUUGGGAGAGAUAGGGCCUGAUCAGCUCCUUAAAGUCUCCAAAUUCCUAGGAAUUGCACAAAGUUUGCCAGAUUAUGCAAGGGAUUGCUACGAGGAAGUCUACAAAGCAAUUGACAUCUAUCUUCAGUCUCAUCCAGCUCUCUCGUUAGAGGAACGAUCAAGAUUAUGCGGAUGUCUCAACUAUGAAAAGCUGGGUUUAGAAGCAUGCAAAGACCUUGCAAAGAAUCCAAGAAUACCUCCAAGAAUUGCAGUCCAAGCAUUGGCUUCUCAGCAUUCCAUUAUACAAAGGGCAGAUCAGUUUAUGAAUGAUGAUUAUGACUCCAAAUAUAUCACCAAUAAUCAGUCGGUUCUGUAUAAUAAUAGUAACAAUAACUCCAUGAGAGUCAAAGAAUUGGAGAAAAUAUUUUAUAAAGAGAGGAGGGGUCAGAUGUCAAGAAUGACUGCAAAGGGUCUACUUCCACUGAGUACAUCGAUUCCCAGAUUCUGUUGA